CUCGUUUGUGGCGCAAUGCAUUGUGGGUAGGUCAGUAACAGAGAGUGGAGGACGCCAUGUGCUAUUGAGGGAGAAGGACCAGGACUGACAGGCAACGCUGUGACUCUGUGAAUUGGAAAUAUCUGGAGGAGAUCCGGGGGCACAAAUAAUAAACAUGUACUGCACAAGACAUUGCAUUCGGACCGCAUUGCGAAUCGCCGCAAAGACGCAUCGGCAGGAGCUCCAGACACCAACGUCAUGUGCCCUCCGAACACUCGGGACCAGCCCAGCCAGCCUUUCUGCUGUCAUCGCCGCCCCCCCUCUGGAUGGAGCCCCCAAACAGUACCCCCCCAAAAUCACCCAGCUGGUACACGACAUCACCAGCCUCACCUUGUUAGAGGUGUCAGACCUCAAUGAGCUCCUCAAGAAAACCCUGAAUAUCCAGGAUGUUGGGAUGAUGCCAAUGGGAGCCAUGACUGCAGCAGCAACACCUGCAGCUCUGGCAGUGGAAGAGGACGCGGCACCUGUCAAGAAAGAGAAGACACACUUCACAGUAAAACUGACAGAACUGAAGGCAGCAGAGAAAGUGAAACUCAUAAAAGAAGUGAAGAACUGCAUCCAAGGCUUGAACCUGGUGCAGGCUAAGAAGUUGGUAGAGUCCCUCCCCCAGGAGAUCAGAGCCAAUGUGUCCAAAGAGGAGGCGGAGAAGCUGAAGACAGCCCUGGAGACAGCAGGAGGCACUGUGGUGCUGGAGUAGACCGUCCCUCCUCUCUCCCUGCCUCCACCCGACUGACCCCAUCCACCAUCUGGCUGCUGUUACUCCUGUCUUCUAUAUUUCUGUUGUAUACAGCAGGAAAAGAACAAAGGAACCAAUGCCUUGGAAAAGGAAACUAAAAUCUAGCCUUUUUGACAACGUUGCUGUACUAGCUACCAACUGGAUGGUGUGGGGCGGGAGAAACUAACUCAGACUGAACUCCUCAGGCUCAGAGCCUGAACACACCCGCCCACCCGCCCACUCGCCCAUUUGUCUUGUUCGUCUGUCUUGCUCUGUCCCGAUUCUCCACCCUUCUCCCGAAGUGUGCACUUCUCUUGGGUUCUUUCUCACGUUGAUUUAACAACGGUGGAAACUCAAAACUCCCUCAAGCCAAUGUUUACAUCAGCCCCAUGUUUAAAAGUCCACGACUGGGAAUAUGAGGGUACAGUACAGGAGAGGGGUGGAUAAUGGGUACUUUUGCCCAUCUAUCAGUCUGGUUCUUUUGCCCAUUGGUCUGCAUUCAAGCUGGACUUGGUCUCCUGUCUGUAUUCGUCUGGGGGUGAGUUUCCCUGAAAGCCUCGUAACUAACGUAACUAACGUGGCAUGUUAUUUCUCCUGACAACCCAGCCUCCACAGACCAUUGAAAUAUCUACGUUUGACUGUCUGUAUUCUCCAGAGGAGGCUGGUGGGAGGAGCUAUAGGAGGACAGGCUCAUUGUAAUGGCUGAAUGGAAUUAUGGAAUGGAGUCGAACAGGUGGUUUCCAUUUGAUUCCAUUAAUUCCAUGUCAGCCAUUACAAUAAGCCUGUCCUCCUAUAGCUCCUCCAACCAGCCUCCGCUGGUAUUUUAUGUGCGUUAAUGAACCAAAUUCGUCAAAUGGACAUUUUGCUGGUUGUUCUAUGAGUGGGUCAUCAAGAGGACUGAGGUACCACGUUGGCAACCAAGCUUUUUUAGAAACCCUCCCCCUGACUGGUAACAGACUGCCGUGUUCUCUAGAACCAGGAGAACGGAGCUGUGUCCUCAUUACGGGUUGGAACCGGAACAGAACUGAAAAGCCGGAAAAUAAUGUCAUUUUUCAAGUAGCAGAAACGGAACCUGGAACGAAAGUGAUCCAUACUGUUCCGGAACAGAACCAUUAUUUUAAAAGCAUGGGAACCGGUUAAUAGCGUUCUUUUACAUUCCAGGCGUUGUUUCUACUCUCGCAAAAAACGCAACAAAGUGCCAAGGCAAAGCCCUCACUCUGUCACUCAGAAACGUAUUCCAGUAUCUGCCUGCAAGCUGAAAGUCUUUACCAGUGUGUGUGUAUGUUUAGGCUACACCCCCCCCCCCCCUCUAUCCGCACUGAUUGGUGAAGUCAUUUAAUUAGCUAAAUGUGAAGGGGGGUGAUUUUAAAGGUUAAAAAAGGAAUAGAAAGGAACGCUAUAAACCGGUACUUUUGUUUGGUUUGAACCGGUUCAGAACUUUCUUUUGUUGGUCGGAACAGUGGAAUGUAACAGUUACAUUUGUAUUUUCCUGUUCAGAACGAAACGAUUGGAAAAAUACAUAUUGGUUCAAACCCCUGGUCUUUAUACUGUAUGGCUGAUAUAGGAUCAAUGAUGAAGUGAUUAAAAUAAAUAAAAAUACAAGUUACAUUUCUUUGGUUGGUUGAAUAUAAUCUUACAUUGGAUCACAUUUUGACAGAUUAGAUUGUGCUGUAAAGAAUAUGAACGAUUAUUAAAUCGUACCUAUGUGAAAUGUAUUCAUAAUGAUGUGAUAAAAUAUAAAUAUGUAAUGUAAAGCUA